AUGGCGACAACAUACGAGCAUACAACUACAUUCUCUGGCAGCGUCAGUCGGCCAACAAUGGCGCCGACCGGGCCGUCGAUGGUGGACCAGCUACCAAGCAUCAACUUUGGGUUCGACGAGUUGCGCGAGCGCAUGGCGAAAUUCACCACCAGAUUCGAUGCCUACAUCGAGCAGGGGCGCAAAAAAGUGCUCGAAGAGCGCAACCAAUUUCGCAUGGACGUCGCGGAGCUACAAGAGGACCAGCGCAUGAAGAAGAAGGACAUUGAAAUCGCCCAGGUCAAGACGACGACGUACCAGCAGAGCGCCGAAAAGGAAGAAUCCGAAAAGCACGAGAUGGAGGCGGCCGUGGCGUCGCUGGCGGCGCAGCGCGACCACCACCUGGCGACGCGCGACAACCUCCGGGCGCAGAUGACGCAGGCGCAGCGCGACAUUGACGCCAAGCUGGCCGCGCAGCGCACGCAUGCGGCGCGGCAGGAGGCGCAGUCGCGGUUCAACGUGCCCGAGCUCGACUUUUGGAUCACCAACCUGUGCCUGCGUAUCGAGGGCGCGGGCCGCGACGACCGCCUCAAGUUUGUCUACACGCACAUUGACGAGCGCAACUGGGAGCGGGAGGCGUGGUUCGAGCUCGCGACGGGCGCGCGAGACUAUGACGUGCGGCACUGCCGGCCCAAGCUGGAGCGCGACGCGGUCGAUAGGGUCCUGGAGAAGGUCAACGAGUCCAGAGAGCUCGUGGUGCUGCUCAAGGGCAUGAGAGAGCUGUUUGUCGAGGCCAUGAAGUCGUGA